GUGUUUAUUUAACAAAAUUUGGUUUUGGGCAGAAACUUAACUAUUUGGCUAAUUGUGUGAUGUAGGUGUGUUGCUGUGUUAAGAGUUUAGAAAAAGUACUUUAAGUACUUUAAAAAUGUUCCAUAUGUUUAUGACCAAGCAGGGCAACCACCCAGGAGAGCAUUACAGUAAUCUAGCCUUGAGGUCAUGAACGCAUGAACUAACUGUUCUGCAUUUGUCAUUGAGAGCAUAUGUCAUAGUUUAGAUAUAUUUUUAAGAUGGAAGAAUGCGGUUUUACAGAUGCUAGAAACAUGCCAGUUUCAACAGGAUUCUCAGUUGGUGCAUCGCUGUUUGAUGUUCUUAUCGGAACAGAAGAGUGGUGUUUCCCGCGACUAUGCCGUCUCACCAUUACCCAAUUGCCCUACUGCAUGGGCUCUACUGCCGGAACCGGAAAAUGUAUAGAGUUCACUAAGCUAGUUGCAUCCAAAACAGUAUCUAAAGCCCUUGUAUUCGUGCUAUCCUUAAUUAAAGUUUGGAUGUAACUCUAAUUCUAAUUAAUUUAUUUCCCUACAUUUAUGACAUGUAAAUCUAUCGUCGCUGAUAGAGAAAGCUAUACUAUGCAUGUGACAGGCAGAGCAAGUAACAAAAGAAGGAGAGGAUGACUCACCGUGUUUUUAGACUGAUCCGACUUCGAAAUUAGCCAUUAGAGUGUGCAUGGAUCUGCACUUUGGAUUCCAACCGGAAAAAGUAGACCAUCCGGGUAUCUAUGGAAUACUUAUUUACACAUCAGUUAUAUGGUAAAAUAAAGCUCAAGCAUGUUUUCUUGACCUGCAAGAACAAAUGAGGUUCAUUCUUGUGUGUUAUGCAGCACAUUUGAGCUUCCAGAAGAGGUUUGUUCUCAUGCAUCAAGCAGGUUCAGUUGAGCCUCUUUUUAAGUUCACUGAUCAAUGUUUAUAUGUGAAUAAAAUCCUAUAUUAAAUCUGUUUAUCUUAUAAAGUGAUCAUGUCUCUUUAGAAAAUUUGGACAAUCUCUUUAUGAACUUUAUGUUGUUGUUGUUGAGGAGGCACUGGCAUUCUCUUACAUAAUUCUGUCUUUCUGUCAGGACGAUGCAGUACAUGGAGCUUCUCCCUGAAGAAAGGCGACCCGUGGCUGGCACAGAAGGAUCAUUAUAUCGCCACAGGCAACUGAUAAGACAGCUACCUUCCUAUGAUCAUGACCCUGCAUACUGCCACAGCCUGUCUGAGGUGGAGUUGAAAGCUAUGGCUCAGUUUGUGAAAUCCUAUAAGGAGGAAUCCUUAGGAGUAGGAGAAGUUGCCCUUCCUGGAGAAAAAGGUACAGCCGAGAAGAAUGAAAAGGCCCCCGAGGAAAAGCCAGAUGAGGAGACCACAACUAAUGGAACAGCACAGUCUCCUCUCAGCAAAAAGAGUGAAUAUCAUUGCAGUGGCUGUGGACAACUGGCUGUUCUGGACAGUCCUGUGGUGUAUGCUGACAGGGCCGGGUACACAAGACUGUGGCAUCCCACCUGCUUUGUGUGCUGUGAGUGUGGUGAGGCUCUGGUGGACCUGAUUUACUUUUGGAAGGAAGGAGCCCUGAUGUGUGGACGCCAUUACUGCCAGAGCAUCAGACCUCGCUGCCUGGGCUGUGAUGAGCUGAUCUUCUCAGAAAUGUUUCUUCAAGAGGCCAAUGGUCACGUCUGGCAUAAGGAACACUUUUGCUGUUGGCUGUGUGGGCAGAGUAUCAGAGUUCAGUGUGGCUGUGACAAACGGCAAUCAAAAUAGUUCGCAAAACAGUCAAAUACUCCAGAAUAUAAUGUUAAAAUGGCACCAUGGUAAAUAGGCAAAGAACACUUACAUCCAACAUUUAAAAACCCUGCGACUUUCGUCAAUAUUAUCAAAAUCACAAAAUAUUUAUUUUUUAUUAUUAUAAUAUUUAAUAUUUUUAAAAUAUGAAAAGUCUAGAACCUAAUAAAGGGGUCAUGAAUUGAGAAAUCAAAUCUUUUUACAUAUAAUUGUGCUAUAAAAACAUACUAUAUAUUUCAGAACUCAACAGAUUUUUUGGAAAACAAACUGCCACUUCCAGGUUUUAUUACAUAAUAGAGAUGCACAAGACUGCCUGAACACAAAGGCUGCGUUUACACUUUGCAUUAACAUGCGACUUGUAUCUGGAUGUUGUCCACAUACGCAUUGAAAAGACAAGUGUAAACGCGUUUGUGAUCGUAAUGUUAUCCGAUCAAUGUGUCCUGGUUUGGAGGUAGUCGAGGACGCAUUGUGGUCGGAUCUCAGUGUAAUCCAGUGUACGAUCCAGCCAUCGUAUCUACAUUCAGAGGGCAACGUCAUUUAAAUCCCUGCCCAGUCUCUCCACGUGGCUGUCAGAAAAUAAUGGACAGAAGUGGUUUUGACAAGAAAUUAAACUUCUUUGAACUUUACAAUAAACAUCUAUCUUUAAAACAGUUUAUUUAGACUUACAUGAUACCUUGAGUGUCAUUUUUUCAUUUUAAUUGUGCGACAUUAUCUAAACGAGACGAUUACGUAUGUUUUUAUUGUUUCAGUAGGCUAUAUUUCCAAUAUUGCACGCUUAACUUCAUAACUUUAAACCUGGAUGAUGUGACUUGUUUAACAUGAUCAACCCAGUAAUUUUUCAACUCUGGAAGUAUUUUUUCAUUUAAAAAAAAUUAAUUUGAUCUAAGACUGGAGAUUGCAUUGGAAAGUAAAGUUGCCUAAGUGAGUGAAAGCAGUAGGACAUUGUUUAAUUUGUAUCAUCUUUACUCUUAUCUGGUGUCGCAUAGCCUACCCUUGUUUAGUUCUAAUUAAUGCUCUUUAAUGUGAUGUGCGUUCUUUUAUAAAGUGUUCGGAUUCUGCCGUAUACACAAUCAAUACAAAUGCUUGCGCGCUCCUUUCAAUCAUGAAAUGCGUCAAAAUAUUUUUUUCCACCAUACAAGAUUAAUGUUGGGAAACUUAAAUUGGUAGAUUGUGAACGAUUGUACUUUUGUAGAUUAAAUCACAAAGAUUCCAUGCUGUGUGUGCACUGCAUUGAUAGAGGCUAAAGUGAACGUUUUUUUUACGCUAUGAAGCCAUUUGAAGCAUCUGCCUUUCAAACGCACCUAAUUUAAAUAUUGUGCGGGGAACAGAAAUCCGAUCAGUUAUCCAGAUACAGAGGCCACUUAAUGUGAACAAAUAUAAAUGUGCUGUGUCCUGAUUGGCUAAUGAUCUGAUCUGCUUGAUUGGAUCACGGUGAUCGCAUAUUAAUGCCAAGUGUAAACGCAGCCAAAGAUUAACCCCUACUUCUUCAUCAUCUCCUCUUUGACCAACCCACUGGCAUACAUAGACAGAAAGAAGAAGAAGUACUACAACAAAAAUAACAUUACUUUCCAAAGGAUUUUGGAAAGUGGCUGUUUAUUUUGAACUAUGUGAAUGUCUCAGCAUAGCGUUCAUAUCAGUUAGAGCAGUGGUUCUCAAACCUGUUCUGGAGUACCCCCAGCCCUGCACAUUUUGUAUGUCUCCCUCAUUUAUCACACCUGAGUCAACUCAUGAGCUCAUUAGUAGAGAGUGCAAGACCUGAAGUGGGUGUGUCAGAUAUAGGGAGACAUACAAAAUGUGCAAGGUUGGGGUAAUCCAGGACAGAUUUGAGAACCUCUGAGCAUUGUUUGUUCAGUUAAUUUCUUUGCAGAUAGACUUUACAGAAAGAUUUGGACCCAACAGUAAUGCGGCAACAUGUGAGUUAAUUCUAAUGUCUAAUCUGCGAUCAGUGAUUUUUGAUCUCAGACUCAUGUUUAGUCAGACGU